UUCACGGUGAGCUGCAUUCAUGCCCCAGGUCAGCGAUGUUUUAUACACGACCGCUAGAGGUUGAUGCAAACCCUCCAGAGUGUGUGGGACGGACUCCUGCUUCCAGCACUUCUUCAGGGAUGCGCGCUCCACUCCACCAGUUCAUGCACUGACUCCUGAGAGUGCGCGCGCGCUUCGGCUCACACAGGGGAAAAGAGAGUCCUCGUAAGUUGUUCUUCCUCUCUCGUGUUUGUUAAAUAAUUCAAUCGAGGAUGCAACUGAAGGGCAUUAGAGAAGAACAUGUUGCCUAACAGUGGCAAUAGGCAUGACCUGGGGUGAAAUCUAAAUCCACGGAGUAAAAGACUUGGCUAGUGAAACAAAGUUAUUAAUGGUGCACCAUGGAGAGCGCCAUAAUCAAUCCAGCUCUCGCUUGGUGAACGCAUCAUCCUGAGAGAGAAAGAUGAGAGCGCCAACGUUUGGACUUCUGUGGAGCUGUCUCGGUUUUCUUCACGGGGUUCAGUGCGGUUUAGGAGACAACCAUGUGCAUUCGAGCUUUAUUUACAGGCGGUUGCGCAACCACGAGCGGCGCGAGAUCCAGAGAGAAAUCCUCUCCAUCCUGGGCUUGCCGCACCGUCCCCGGCCCUUCUCCCCGGGGAAACAGGCGUCGUCGGCACCGCUCUUCAUGCUGGACCUAUACAACGCGAUGACGACCGACGAGGAGGACGCCGUACUCGGGAAGGCGCUCGCGGGGAAGCCGCGUAAAAGCGCGUCUGGAGUUCCACAUGGAUACUCGCGCGCCGCGCAUCAGCCGUACCGCGCGACGCCACUGACCAGUCAGAGCCCGCCGCUGGCCAGCGCGCACGACAACAACUUUCUGAAUGACGCGGACAUGGUGAUGAGCUUUGUCAAUCUAGUGGAGAGGGAUAAGGAUUUCUCCCAUCACAGACGACACUACCGGGAGUUUCGCUUCGACCUCACUCAGAUUCCCGAGGGUGAGGCGGUGACCGCCGCCGAGUUCAGGAUUUAUAAGGAUCAAAGUCCCGUCAGAUAUGAGAACAUCACGCUCAAGGUCACCAUACACCAAGUCAUCAAAGAAUAUCCAAACAGGGAUCCUGAAACGUUUCUCCUGGACUGGAAAAAGGUGCGAGCCACUGACGGAGGCUGGCUGGUGUUCGACAUCACGGCCACCAGCAAUCACUGGCUCCUGAACCCUCAGCAGAACAUGGGCCUUCAGCUGUGUGUGGAGACCACUGACGGUAGAAGCAUCAACAUGAAAUCAGCCGGCAUCAUCGGGAGGAACGGACCUCAGUCCAAACAGCCGUUCCUGGUCGCGUUCUUCAAAGCCAGCGAGGUUCUGCUUCGGUCUGUGAGAGCGGCGGGAGGAAAGCGGAAGAGUCACAACCGAAACAAAAGCAAAGCACAACCGAAAUCUUCACCAGCUCUUAAAAGUGGAGAUCUGAACACCAGUGAACAGAGGCAAGCCUGCAAGAAGCAUGAACUUUACGUGAGCUUCCGCGACUUAGGAUGGCAGGACUGGAUUAUCGCUCCGGAGGGAUACGCAGCCUUUUAUUGUGAUGGAGAAUGUUCAUUUCCACUGAACGCACACAUGAACGCGACAAACCAUGCGAUUGUGCAGACCUUGGUCCAUCUAAUGUUUCCUGAUAAUGUGCCAAAGCCUUGCUGUGCACCAACCAAACUCAAUGCCAUAUCAGUGCUGUAUUUUGACGACAGCUCAAACGUAAUUCUGAAAAAGUACAGGAACAUGGUGGUGAGGUCCUGCGGAUGUCAUUGAGGCCAGAGGAGCGUCGUGUGUCAUAUUGCUGGAAUAAAUAACAUAUCAAGAGAAAUAGUUUUUGCCAUUUGAUGUACAGUAUUAUGUAUAUAUUAGCUCACAAUUCCUCUUAUUUAUUUGGCUUUGUUUUGUAAUAACUUUUUAAAUGUGUGAUGUAGAUCAGUUAAAAGUUACCACUCUUACCGUAGAUCCGUGGCUGAUUGGUCUUUCUCUGCGAAUAUGUUAAUGAGUUAGACCAGUUAGAGAGAGUCAUAGACUAGAGGAUCAAUUAUGUCAUAAAUUCAUAAGCAACCACUCCAAAACAGAACUGCUGCUAUUUUAUAAAAGAAAUCGAAAGGCCUGAAACACUAAUCACGUUUUUACUGUUUUUUUUUCUUUUGAUGUGGAAAAAAGAGAACAGCCAUAUUGAUUUAGCAAAAAUAAAUCAAUAAACAAUAAUUCUUUGUUAAUAAAAUGAGUGUAGUGUUGUAUGUCUAAAAUAGCCCAGAGUAUUGCAGCCCACGACUGCUGGUUUAUAUGAGUUUGCUUUAGAUAUCAAUGCGCGAAUAUGCAAAAUUAAGGUUUUCUGAGCAAAUAUUCUUCCUCCUUAUAUACACUUGUAUUAGUACUCUGAGUAAUAUAUAUUUUUUUUGUGGGAAAAUAAUUGCAUAAUUAUUGUAGAACCAUGUUUGUAUGUCAUUAAAUCUAUUUUUAAAUCUAUUUUCGGUGUCUUUCUCUACCACAGGUGAUCAAUCAUGUUUGUUGCAGGAUUUACAUGAAUUUGCUGAAAAA